CGCUCCGUGGGAAGUGAUGUAGUAACUCGGUCGCGCGGAGGGCAGGUCAGAUCCGGUGGCGGGGGUGGAGUGAACGGGAAUACCGAGGAUGGACAGCCGUUUGCAGGAGAUCCGCGAACGGCAGAAAGUGCGGCGGCAGCUAUUAGCUCAACAGCUAGGAGCUGAAAGCGCAGACAAUAUUGGAGCGGUUUUGAACAGCAAGGAAGAGCAGAGGGAGAUUGCCGAAACCAGGGAAACCUGCAGGAGCAGACUCUUUUGGGCAACAUAUGACACAUCUGCACCAACCGCCAAGCGUAAAUUUCAAGAAGAAGGGGAAGCUAGUGAAGAAGAAUUCGAAGAAUACAAAGAUGAAGUGGUGGAAGAAGAAGAAACAGAAAUGCAAUAUAAUGAGGAAAUUUAUAAGGAUUCCAGCACAUUCUUAAAGGGUACGCAAAGUCUGAAUCCACAUAAUGACUACUGCCAGCAUUUUGUGGACACAGGUCAUCGACCCCAAAACUUUAUUCGUGAUGUUGGCCUGGCGGACAGAUUUGAGGAGUACCCUAAACUCCGUGAACUGAUCAGGCUGAAGGACGACCUAAUUUCCCAAACCAACACUCCCCCUAUGUAUUUACCAGCCGACCUAGAAACAUUCGAUAUUAGAGACCUGAAAUGCAAGUUUGAUGUUAUUUUGGUGGAGCCACCUUUGGAAGAAUAUUACAGAGAAACUGGAGUAACGGCUGUUGAGAAGUGCUGGACAUGGGAUGAUAUCAUGAAGUUGGAAAUUGAAGAAAUUGCAGCUCCAAGGUCAUUUGUCUUCUUGUGGUGUGGCUCUGGGGAUGGUCUCGACCUUGGAAGAGUGUGCCUUCGCAAGUGGGGCUUCAGGCGUUGUGAAGAUAUUUGCUGGAUCAAAACCAAUAAGAAUAAUCCUGGAAAAACGAAAACCCUGGACCCAAAGGCAGUCUUCCAACGAACAAAGGAACACUGCCUGAUGGGUAUCAGAGGAACUGUACGUAGAAGUACAGAUGGUGAUUUUAUCCAUGCAAAUGUGGACAUUGAUCUGAUAAUUACAGAAGAACCAGAGAUUGGAAAUCUCGAAAAACCAGUGGAAAUAUUUCAUAUUAUUGAACAUUUCUGUCUGGGACGAAGAAGGUUGCACAUUUUUGGAAGGGAUAGCACAAUAAGACCAGGUUGGCUCACUGUGGGUCCUAGUCUUACAAACAGUAACUUUAAUGCAGAAGUCUAUAGCUCAUACUUCACUGGUACAAAUGUGCACCUGACUGGUUGUACAGAGGAGAUUGAGAGACUUCGUCCCAAGUCGCCACCUCCAAAAUCUAAAUCAGAUAGAGGAGGUGGAGCCUCUAGAGGUGGAGGGAGAGGUGGACCUUCAGCUGGACGUGGAGAUAGAGGAAGAGAAAGAAAUAGAGGAAACUUCAGAGGAGAAAGAGGGGGAUUCAGAGGACGCGGAGGUGCCCAUAGAGGCUUUGCUCGGUGAUGACAGAACCCGAAAGAAAAUUCAUUUGAAAUGACAAUGGAAGCAGGAUUUCAGAAUCACAAUCUGAAUUCGUUACUGCUCUAAUUUUUUAUUAAACUUUUUGAUAUAUGCUAUUUAACCAGGGAGUAAAACUCCAUAAGAACAAAAUGUACACAGGCAAUGUGUAUGCAAGCAAUGGUUUGUGCACAUUCGUCAUUAAAAUCAUACUGUAAUACUUAAAGUACAGUGCAGCUGCCAUUAAACCUAAUGCUGUAAUUUAGGUUGUUUUUCAAUUUAAAACUUAUUGCAAUGUCUUUUAAAGCUGUAAAAUAUCAAAAACCGUAAAAUUUCAGAAGUUAAAUACAAUGGUUUGAGCUCAUUGUUUCAAAGCUAUUUGUAUUUUCCCCUCGUGUAUGUUUGGCUUAAUCUUAUUAGGUGACGUAGAGCGGGUUUCCCAGCUAGUUGGUGCUGCUCCUGUCAGACCUUUUCAAAAUGAUUUCUCUAUGGUCAAGUAACAAACGCUGUCUACUUCAGUCUGAUCAUGUUGGAGCCCAGGCCAUGUCCCAGGCUUCUCCAUGCUAUUCAAAUAUGUCAAAGUUAAUGUAACCCUUUGCCUUUGACAAUAUGUAAGAGACAUUAUGUUCCCAUUAUAAAAGCUGUAGUCAGCUCCUCUUUUCAACUCCCAAAUUUUGAAUACUUCCGUACAAGGUUCAGAUGAGGUGCAUGAUGUUGAGAAGUUUGUGUCUUGCAUUGUAAUGCUCCCACUUCCAGAACAUCAACUUAUAAACAGACUUAAAUCAAUAAUGCUAGAAUUUUUCAUACACAGCCCAUUAAAGAAAGAAACAAAGGCAGAAUAUUCUGUUUGUUCCAAAUGAUAAACUUCUAAAUCUUUUGCAUUAUCCAUUACAAUUUGUUGUUAACAGUUCCAUGGUAAUAUCUUUCAUUGAAAAAUUUCCCAAGUACAAUGUCUUGAAAGAAAUUGAAGGAUGAGUAAAGCUCUAAUAGUGACAAAUUAGAGCACAGCUGAUCAUUGUAGAGCAGAUAACAAAAAGCAAAUUACUGAGUGAAAAAUCUCUAAAUGAGUAGCAAGGAGUAUUGGGACCAUAUACAUUGAGCAGAUGGUUUCAAAAGCUAUCCAAUUCAUUUAAUUUUGCUUCCUAAGUAAAUCGUCCUGACAGCCGCAGUAGUUCGUACAAAUCUGUAAAAGCAUUUUACUGUCGAUUGAGCCUUUUAUUUUAAAUAGAGUUCUAGCUUUGAUUUUUAAUAAAGAAAAACUAAAUGAAUGAAUAUUUUCAAGAACUGUCGGGUUUAAAAACCAAGCACUCUGGUGGUAAAACCUAUUUGAUAUCUUCAAAUUUUGUGGCGUGAUGACACCAAGUCUGAAUGAGUUUCUCCCUUAUCCCAUUUGAUCAAUCGGGCUAUUUUGGCAGUUUCUGACCCUUUGGUUAAGAAUAAAAGAAAUUAAAAUAAGUUUCAUGUCCUUUAUUUUCAUUUGUUUUGUGUAUU